CUAAGAAUAGUAUCUCGAGUGCGAAUAGAAUGGUACAUCUAAAAAUAUAUUUUUUUAUAGUAGCAACAUUAAACGUCUAAUUGGAUUACAAUGGCGGCUAUGUCCCCGUCUGAGCGGAGAUUACAAAAAGAACUCAUGUCCCUGAUGAAGGAGCCUCCGCCAGGGGUUACCGUGGACGGAGAUCAAGCCAGCCAAAAUCUUACACUGUGGACCGUGCACAUGGAGGGCGUGCCCGGCACGCUCUACGAAGGUGAAAAGUUCGUGCUGCAGUUCAAAUUCACAAGCAAGUAUCCGUUCGACUCGCCUGAGGUAACGUUCGUGGGCAACAACAUCCCCGUCCACCCGCACGUGUACUCGAACGGGCACAUCUGCCUGUCGAUCCUCACUGACGACUGGUCGCCGGCGCUGUCGGUGCAGUCGGUCUGCCUCUCCAUCGUCUCAAUGCUCAGUAGCUGUAAGGAGAAGAAGCGGCCGCCUGACAAUUCAUUUUAUGUGAAAACGUGCAACAAAAAUCCUAAGAAAACGAAAUGGUGGUAUCACGAUGACUCAGUGUAACGGCGUACCGCGCGGCUGUAUCGAGAACGGACGAUAAAAUCUGAGUAUGUGAUAAGUGUUAAAUAACUGUACGUUACAACUUGUUGUGUACAUAGUGCCGCGCCACCGCCACCGCUGCUGGAAGCUGUUGACGGCCACAGCACUUUACGAAGGAUUUCAGUUGCGAAAUGCCGCCGUGUCACUAUUGCGUCGCUGUAUACAGAAGACAGCAGUUUAUUGUAACGAUGGGAUUGGAUCUUGGUCGCAAAAGUCCGCCGUAUCACCACUGUAGCUAGAAAACAGCCGUUUAUUGUAACGGUGGGAUUGGAUCUUGGUCGCAAAAGUCCGCCGUAUCACCACUGUAGCUAGAAGACAGCAGUUUAUUGUAACGGUGGGAUUGGAUCUUGGUCGCAAAAGUCCGCCGUAUCACCACUGUAGCUAGAAGACAGCCGUUUAUUGUAACGGUGGGAUUGGAUCUUGGUCGCAAAAGUCCGCCGUAUCACCACUGUAGCUAGAAGACAGCCGUUUAUUGUAACGGUGGGAUUGGAUCUUGGUCGUAAAAGUCCACCGUAUCAGUACUGUACCACUAUAGACAGAAGACAGCAGUUUAUUGUAACGGUGGGAUUGGGUCGUGGUCGCAAGUCCGCCGUACGACCACUGCGUCACUGUGGACAGAAGACAGCAAUUUAUUGUAACGGUGGGAUUGGAUCUCGGUCGCAAAUGUCCGCCGUAUCACCACUGCAUCACUGUAGGCAGAAGACAAAUUGCUACGAUUUUGGUUGCAAAGAACCGCCAUAUACCUAUUGCAUUGCUGCAGGGAAGACGGAAGUUAUUGCAUCAGUGAGAAUGUAUUUUCGUUACAAAGGUCCACAAUAUCCCCAUUGCAUCGCUGUAGACUGAAGUCAGCCAUUUAUUGUAACAGUGGGAUUGUAUUUUGGUUCCAAAGGAUCGCCGCAAUGUCGUUGCAUCGCUGUUGGUAGAAGCUAAAAUGUUAGGAAAA